UGACGGUUGGACGCGGGCGCGGCACUGCGGGUCCCGAUUGCUGCAGCCGCUUGUCAGUGUGAUGAAGAUUGGCACCCAGGCUAAGAAGCUGCUCUUUACCUGUCUACUUGUCCUGGGAUCUACAUCUCUGCUCCUCCAGGUGCUCAGGUGGGAAGCUCAGCCUGUUCUGGUCCCUUCCUUCCAUACUCCGGACUGCCCACAGGCCCCUUGGCUCACCUCUGUCUGGAUUCCCAGUGCCUACACCCCAACCCCAGCUCUCCUGGGCUCCAAAGAUAUCAUUUGCUUCUGUCUCAAGAUGAUUUGAUGUCUUAAAUAAAACUCUUUUGUCAACCAUGAUGGCCACACAGACGUUGAGUAUAGACAGCUAUCAAGAUGGGCAGCAAAUGCAAGUGGUAACAGAAUUAAARACGGAGCAAGAUCCAAACUGCUCUGAACCCGAUGCAGAAGGAGUGAGCCCUCCUCCUGUAGAGUCGCAGACCCCAAUGGACGCAGACAAGCAGGCCAUUUACAGGCAUCCACUGUUUCCACUAUUAGCUUUGUUGUUUGAAAAAUGUGAGCAGUCCACACAGGGCUCAGAAGGCACAACUUCUGCCAGUUUUGAUGUGGACAUUGAGAACUUCGUCAGAAAGCAAGAGAAGGAAGGGAAACCCUUCUUUUGUGAAGAUCCAGAAACUGACAACUUAAUGGUGAAAGCAAUCCAGGUCUUGCGUAUUCAUCUUCUUGAGCUGGAAAAAGUUAACGAACUUUGCAAAGAUUUCUGUAGUCGAUACAUUGCUUGUUUGAAGACGAAAAUGAACAGUGAGACUCUGUUGAGUGGAGAGCCUGGAAGUCCAUACUCGCCCGUGCAAUCCCAGCAGAUUCAAAGUGCCAUCACAGGCACACUCAGCCCACAGGGGAUCGUGGUUCCUGCCUCCGCCCUGCAACAGGGAAAUGUGACCAUGGCGACGGUGGCAGGAGGCACAGUGUACCAGCCUGUCACAGUCGUGACUCCACAAGGCCAAGUGGUCACACAGGCCUUGUCACCUGGGACAAUUAGGAUCCAGAACUCCCAGCUUCAGUUACAGUUGAACCAAGACCUCAGCAUCCUGCACCAAGAUGAUAGCUCAUCCAAGAGCAAGAGAGGUGUCCUGCCAAAGCAUGCCACCAGCGUGAUGCGGUCCUGGCUCUUUCAGCACAUAGGGCAUCCUUACCCAACAGAAGAUGAGAAGAAGCAGAUUGCCGCUCAGACAAACUUGACACUACUCCAAGUCAACAACUGGUUCAUCAAUGCCAGAAGACGAAUUCUCCAGCCAAUGUUGGAUUCCAGUUGUUCAGAGACCCCCAAAACAAAGAAAAAAACUGCUCAGAACAGGCCAGUCCAAAGGUUCUGGCCCGACUCCAUCGCGUCGGGAGUGGCACAGCCAGCGCCGAGCGAGCUCAGCAUGUCAGAAGGUGCCGUUGUGACCAUCACCACCCCUGUGAACAUGAACGUGGACAGCCUCCAGUCCCUGUCCUCAGAUGGGGCCACCCUGGCCGUGCAACAGGUCAUGAUGGCCGGGCAGAGUGAGGACGAGUCUGUGGACAGCACAGAGGACGACGGGGGUGCCCUGGCCCCCACCCACAUCGGCGGGCUGGUGCUGGAGAACAGCGACUCCCUGCAGUAGGAGCAGGCGCACCAGCUCGGGAGCCGGCACACCUGACUUUUUAUAGUUUGCACAGCAAACAUUUUACACAGUUUUAUUUCUAAUAUGUUUUAUAUGUAGAUAUAGAAGAGUGCACUUUUGUAUUUCAUAGUAAGCUUAAAGAGCGUCUUUGCCAGUGCAGCGACUUCUUUCAGAUGUGUGUGUGGGUUUUUAAAGAAAUUCUUUAAAGGUUUAACGCUAGAAAUGUGAUGAAUGACCCCCUGCCCCAAGUUUCUGAUUAGAUAAAGGAGUAGUGCUGCCAUUUUCUAAAAGAAUUCUUCAGUUGUAAUUCCGUUCUGUGGUUACUAGCAGGUCUUGGGGCUGCUCCGUUUGUGCAGCCCACGGACCUGAGAGAAGCUCUGCCUGAGACUGCCUUGUGCGGAGCAAGAACACUCAGCCGACUACGUGUGGUUUCAGAGUGAGUGGAUGGCAAUUUCAGCAAGUUUAAGUUCUCUCAUGGUCAGCGAGCCUGUUUCAUUUGCUAUAUAUAAAAAGAAACUCCUAUUUUUACCUUGCUGGAAUUAUUGGAUAAAAAGCUAUUUUUAUAAAUUCGUUAUGAAUUGGAUUAUGACUAUAUUGAGGAUAAAAUUUCUAGAGAAGGAACAAUAUGUGAUUAUAUUUCGAUUUCGAAUGUUCUGAAUUGCCCAAAUUGAAUGACCUGCCCACAGCUAGCUACCGUUGCACGGUCUCCUGCUCCCCAGGGGGUUUACGUUUACUGCUGAAAAGAAACAGCUCUAGUGGGGUUUUGAUAUCUCCAGAUUUGUGCUGAUAUGUCAUGCUCAGAUUGCAUCUUACACUUGACCUACACAAGUGUCUAAAGGUGUGUGCUAAGUAGGACUUCAGGUAAGUGAGGUGGAGUGUAGCCCUGAUCAGUUGAAAGCUCUCGCCCACGUAUUCCAGUCUGAUUUGAAUCUGACUUCAGUUACAUGGUUCCUUUACUGUGUUAACUGUAUUGUUUUAGAACUUUUUUAGUCAAAAUAUGUUAUGCAUAGAACGUGUAAUGUAAACUAGUGUAAAAAGUGCUCGACCCCACGGCUCAGAGCUGGGGUGCAUAGGAAACAUCCAGGCCGCCUUAUGCAAUUGGCAACAUCCGCAAAGCCACGCAGUGACCUGAAUUGUGACAGGUCGGGACAGCGCACCCCGUGGCUCACCUGUGGGCCUUGGUCCCUGUUGUUGGCAUCCUGUCGUUGUGUGUUGCUUCAGAGUUCCCAGAGCCCUCCCACCUCACCUGAUCACAUGGGUGUGGGAUGAUUCGGGGACUUCCAUUUCCUGGUGAUGAUAAAUUAAGAGUUGGUGGCUUUUGUUCUUUGGCAUGAUUUGGUUUGACUUAGAAAUGGAGACUUUUCCUCAGAGAGAACCAGCCACCUGCCUCAUGUAGUGUCUUCUUGUCAUCCUAGAUGGGUGCCCAGAGCUCAUCUGCUGACCAGGGCAGCUGCGGCUGGCACUGCCUCCAGUUCUUGAGAUCCAGCAAUGUGAUUGGUUAAGGACCAAGACUACACUGAGGACACUUUUAGCUAAUGCAGAUUUUCCUAGAACUGACCACCCCGACUCCGCCACCCAGUUGUGUUAGAGUCAGCCAUGGGGGAGUAUGUCCUGGACAACCUAUGUCAGCAAGAAGCACAGAGGUUUCUUUAAAACUUUUUUAAGAGCUUCAACUAAAAGAAAAACUUGAUUAUUAACUCUUUUGGGGAGAAUAACAUUUUAAAGCUGCCAUGGAAUUCUUUCUUUUCUUCUUAUAGUGUUUUAAGUCAGGUCUGCACACACUUAAGAGAUUAUUUUAACUUUCCUUAAGUGCCAGCAUUGCUGGACUUGGUACAACUUGGACCUUGGGAACCACCAGCCUUCUUCCUUCCUCCUGCCCUGACUCCCUGAGGCCCUCAGCUGCCCCGCUCUUUGGCAGAGCAGGGAACAUAUUCACAGAAUGGGGACUCCUGCAGAGGGCAUGGUUUCUUCCCCACAGAAACCACGGUCCCACACGUGGUGGGUUGAGUCUGAGAGGUGGGGUGAGCCAUGUCUGCGCGGAGGCCUCAUGUCGGGCUGCUCUAGCUGAGGGCUGAAUAUCCCGCUGAAGGACACCGUAUACAUUCUGUCCAGCUGAAAUUGGUUUCCUUCACCCCUAAGCUUCACUUGCUAAGUUCAGAGGAUUAGAAAGAGGGCACUUAAGGUUGUAACCUGGGUUUCCUUCACCCUUUUCAUAAGAACUGAGGUUGUUUUGAGUAACUUCCAUCUGGCAAGCUGUUCUGGUUCCUAAAAUCACCACCCAGCUUUAUGUGUUAUCAGUUUGCACCUUAGAAACACUGGUUUCCUAGCCCUCGGUUGGUGGAGAGUAUCUGAAAGUGCAUCCACUCGAGCUUUCAUUUUAAAUGGUCAGACUGGAUCCCAACUUGGUUCUUGUUAAAUUCCUCACUGUGGUGGAGCCUUUGGAAUGUGCCCGAGACACGCAGUGAGCCUGCCGAUCCUGCUGUCGCUGCUGAGCAGAAGCUGGACUGGCUGCUGUACAGCAAGCUCCAUCUGGCGGGCUCAGCGCUCCAUUUUUAAAUCCCAGAUGGUCAAAUCAGUAUGAGCACCUGUCCAGCACGCGGAGUGGCCGUUAUGGCCAAGGCCGCAGGGCGUUCUCUGGGUAACCUUGAGUGGGGGAGCAAGGGAGCUUCCUCCUGUGGACAAGUGCGGCGUGCCAGCAGGUGUGCGCUGUCCCCAAGGACAUCUCUGGCUGUCGGUGACACCACUAACUCAGCAACCUGCCUUUUUUAGUUAUGUUCGGUCUUUGAAACUGACAAUCUUUAAAAUGUGAAUACUGUAACAAUAUGUUUUCUUGGAUUGUUGUCUUUAAAAAGGAUUUUUGUGAAGCAAUUGAUUUAUCAAAGCAAAAAAUUA